AUGGGAUCCGAAGUAUCCGAGGAAGACGAAGACCUCGAUUUCCAAGAAUCUACUAUCGAAGAGACGGGAUUCACUACAACCUACGACCUUCCAGGUACAAAGACGUUGCCGCCUCGUCCUACGGCAUCCAAGCAGCGAGUCGCUCGUAUCAGCUUCUCCAACAUCGCCUUCAGCCAUACCAUCAUUGCCAAGUACAAACCCGUCGCCUACCUCAAAUCGCGAAUUCGCAAUAGCAGCCGCCUGACAUUGCUCCGGGCCGAAGCAGGUCUCACUCUCGACGGUACCUUCAUGGGCCGCACCCACUUGCCGCGCUGUAGCGCCGGUGAUGUCUUUUCCCUGGGUCUCGGCAUCGACCCGGCGAUCAAGGUUAACUACCCCAAGGUUGACGUCCGACGAACGACGACAGGGCUCUUUUCCAAGGAGAACAGCUCCGUGUACAGUCGCAGCAUCACCAUUUUCAACUCCCGUGCUUUGGCGGGUAAACCCGUCUCGCUUCUUGUGCUGGACCAGGUUCCCGUGUCGGAAGACGAGCGUCUCAGGGUGGAUGUCUUGGCACCCAAGAGGCUUGUUGUCGACGGUUCAGGAGCCUCCACCGGGCAGCCCGCUCGCGAGAGUAAGCAGGAUAUUGACUGGGGCCAGGCGACGGCAACGUUGAAGGGGCGUCAAGGCCAAGUGGAGUGGCAGGUGAAGCUCAAUGCUGGCAAGGCUGUGAAGCUUGGCUUGGAGUAUGUCGUUGCUCUCCCUACAGGAGAUUCGGCAAUGGAAUGUUCAUAG